AAUAGGAAUACUGCCCUCACAUACACAGCAGGAAGCGUAGGGUUCCUGGAACAUAAGACAAAGCUGCGCGUGGUUGAGAAUGGGCUUCCUGUUCCCCUGUCUUUCGUGGCACAAAAUUCAUAUUGAUAGGGAAGCUGCCUAUUAGGAGAAUGGAUGACUUUUCAUGUGUAUUAAUGAAAGCUCUGUAUCGCAGUCUGGGUGGCUGGUAGAAAUGUUGUGAGCAUUUACGAGCGUAAGAAUGACACCGUUAUAACCCUAGUGUGUUUCUGCAGAAUAACAACACAGCCUAUCUACUCUACAAUGAUGGGGUCCCUACCUCUGUGAAUUACAGCCGAAAGUAUGGACACACUAAAGGCUUACUGCUGUGGAACAGAGUCCAGGGAAUCUGGCUGAUUCAUUCUAUUCCCCGGUUUCCUCCAACUCCUGAAGAAGGCUAUGAUUAUCCACCCACAGGAAGAAGACACGGGCAAACUGGCAUCUGCGUAACUUUUAAGUACAACCAGUAUGAAGCAAUAGGUAACACUAGAAUUCUCAGCUCUUGAUCCAUAACCCAAACAUUUAUAGCUGUUCCAUCCCCGCCAUCUUUCACCAGGAGCUCGUUCACAUGCCCCAGCUGUGCUCUGGUUCUAGCUCGUCAGAGAUCCCCGGCAAGCACCUCACCGCACUUCAGUCAGCCCGGGGCCAAAAAUUCCUCCAUUUUGCAAAGUCGGAUUCUUUCCUUGAUGACAUCUUUGCAGCCUGGAUGGCUCAACAUUUGAAGACACACUUGCUAACAGAAACCUGGCAGCGAAAGAGACAAGAGCUUCCUUCAAAUUGCUCCCUUCCUUACCAUGUCUACAAUGUCAAAGCAAUUAAGAUAUCUGGACAGUCUUAUUUCAGUUCUUACCAGGAUCAUGCCAAGUGGUGUGUUUCCCAAAAGAGGACCAAAAAUCGCUGGACCUGUAUUGGAGACCUAAAUCGGAGCCCAUACCAAGCCUUCAGAAGUGGAGGGUUCAUUUGUACCCAGAAUCAGCUUAUUUACCGUGCAUUUCAAGGACUGGUUUUGUAUUAUGAGCCCUGUAACUCAACUUGGUGAAAGGACAUAAGUACUAUCAUUUUCACUGCUGACAAUGAGUCUUCUUCCAUAAGAUCCAUUAUAUAUCAAAAGCCUGUGAAUGUAGCUGUACUCCACAUAUCAUCAAAUAAAAUGCUUUUCUACCAUGUUUACCAUUUUAUCUUCCACUUAGUGGCAAUUUAUCUACUUUGUAUUUAUAUGUCAUAAACAUAAAUGAUUAUACAUUACUAAAGUGAGAAUGGAUGGAGUGGAAGAAAAAAUAUUCUCUGUUGUUCAUAGAUCGACAGGCUAUCUCCCAGAUUAAUUGCACCUCCUUCAUAAAGAUUUCCUGACUCUUCUCAUUCUUUGCUGAAGGAAAAAAAUUUCUCUGUGUAUCUCAUACUAUUUAGUCACAUUCUUCUUAAAGUUCUUUUCACUGGUUUAUGGUUGAGUUUUAUUUGUUAUUCUCACUGCUGCUCCUUACUCAUCUUAUGAUCUGAGGCCAUUUACUUGAACUCUCAGAGCUUUGCUUUUCUCAUCUGAGACAUGCAAAUAAUAAACAUUUUCCAAAAAAAAAAUGUUUCAAAGUCAGAUUAGGAGGAAAAAGUGAAACAACCUACCAACUUGGGAGUAAAUAAAGAAGAGUAACAUAAAUAAAUCCUAAUCAAACCUAACAAUCUUCAUUCCAGUGUGCUUCAUUUUGGGAGUUCUGGUCACUAAAUACAACUGUGCUAUGAAUAAACAGUAAUAAAUUUGCAUUAAGAACUACUUGCUUAAUAGAACUUGAAAUACAGUUUCCAAUUUCGAGAAAAUUAUAAUCUAACAAAAGUAAUCAUAACAGUAACAUAAUAAGGCCAGCAUUUAUUGAGCAUUUACCAUGUAGUGAACAGUCAACCUAUAUUUUCUUACUUGAUCUUCAUCAUGAUACUAUGCGAUAGAAAUUAUUAUAUCCCCAUUUUACUGACAAGGAAACUGAAGCCUACAAAGCUUCAGUAAAUUGCCCAAUAUUAUAGAGGUCUAUCUGCUCUCUAAGCCUAUGCGCUUUACUCCUAUUCCAAGACACAAUAAAAUAAAAUGAUGCA